UUCAGUGACAGAUAUGGAAGUGGAGGCCGAGGAGGAGGAAGUCGUGGUGGUGGCGGAAGAGGUUAUGACAGUCGAGGUGGUGGCUAUGGCGGUGGUGGCUACGGAGGUGGACGUGGGUUCGGCGGUGGAGGCCGAGGUGGUGGUGGCGGAGGAGGUGGUCAAGGAAAUCCAGGAAGCCGUCUUCGUGAUAUAGAUUGGAGUAAAGAAAACCUGAAGCCCAUACAAAAAGACUUUUACCACGAGCAUGCAGCAGUUACCAGGAGAGACCAGUUCGAAAUUGACCAGUGGAUCAGCGACAAUCAGGUGACAAUAGACGGUCGUGGUAUACCACGUCCUGUAUGGGAAUUCAGCGAGUCAUCGCUUCCCAACGAGCUUGUGGAUUUACUGUAUGCCAACUUCCAAAAGCCUACCGUCAUCCAAUCAAUAUCAUGGCCAAUUGCGAUGAGUGGCCGUGACAUCAUUUCCAUCGCUAAAACUGGUUCAGGAAAGACGCUAGCGGUCGAUAUGAUGGGCCAUCAGUAUUCUGUCGUACUUUUUUCAUUCGGAAAUUCCCUUAUGGUAUCUAUUGAGUUCUGCAACGCUCUUGGAUUGAAAAUGACAUGUUUAUUCGGUGGAGCUUCCAAAGCACCACAAGCUCGUGAUCUUGAACGUGGAGUUGAUGUAGUAGUAGCUACUCCCGGCCGAUUGUUAGAUUUCUUGGAUAAUAAUACCACGAAUAUGAAAAGAUGUUCUUAUUUGGUCCUGGACGAAGCGGAUAGGAUGCUCGAUAUGGGUUUCGAACCCCAAAUUAGGAAGAUAAUAGGACAAAUCAGACCAGAUCGCCAAACUCUCAUGUUCUCCGCUACAUGGCCCAAGGAAGUCCGUGCACUCGCAUCCGACUUCCAGAAAGACGCAGCAUUCCUAAAUGUCGGUUCGAUGGAGCUUGCUGCUAAUCACAAUAUCACCCAAUUUGUUGAUGUAAUAGAAGAGCAUGCAAAACAAGCUAGAAUGAUGCAACUGUUGAAUGAUAUAAUGAAUCAGCCUGAGUGUAAAACAAUUAUCUUCGUGGAAACAAAACGUAAAGCGGAUGAUUUGACUCGGUGGAUGCGUCGCGAUGGCUGGCCCACGCUCUGCAUUCAUGGAGAUAAGAACCAAGGAGAACGUGAUUGGGUCUUGAGUGAGUUCAAGGCCGGCAAAACACCCAUUAUGCUUGCCACGGAUGUUGCUGCCCGUGGUUUAGAUGUCGAUGACAUUAAGUAUGUUAUUAACUAUGACUACCCUAAUAAUUCGGAAGACUACGUUCACCGAAUCGGUCGUACCGGUCGCCGCGAUAAAAGGGGUACGGCAUACACAUUCUUCACACCCCAGAAUGCUGCCAAGGCGAGAGACCUUAUAAAGGUUCUGGAGGAAGCCGGUCAACAAGUCCCGCAGUCACUUCGCGAUUUGCAAGGACGAGGCAGUAGUAGCAAUAGCCGAGGUCGUUGGGGUGGAAGCAGCGGAGGUGGCAUGAAGUAUGAAAAUGGUGGUGGCUAUGGCGGCGGUGGUGGCCGAUGGUGA